GGUGGUGCUCUGCGAUCGCUUCUGUGUAUCGCACGCGGUAAUCGUCCAAAAGACACCGCUCUGGUGUAGGAGUUUGAAGGCGAAGUCAGAAUGCCGUGUGCUUAAGUAUCGUCCUGAAGAUCGAAGGUUGAUUUUUAGGAAUGUCCAGAAGGAAACAACCGAAUCCUGCCAAAUUAGGCGAUUGUGAAUUGAAAAUGAAACCGGAUGAAUUAGGAAAAAAGAUGGAGGAGUCAAGAAGUGAAAAAAAUGAAGAGGAAGAUGAAGAGAGUGAAGGUUCGGAGUUGGGGUGUCUAGAUGAUGAAGACGACGGUAGUGGCAGUGUGAACGGUCGUGCCAGUUCCCCUUCGAGCAGCAAUUCCUCACCGGUUAGUUGUCGCAGUUUCGGAUUAAGCGACGCCACCGACGUCGAAGAAACUUACACUGUCGGCGCCACCGCUACCACCCCUUAUGAAUGCAACGUUUGCAAAAGAGCUUUUUCGAGAUCUUCAGUAUUGGGCAAACAUUUACAAGUCCACACGGACCAGUUGCAAUUUAGCUGUCCGUAUUGUAGAAGGCUUUUUAAACAUAAAAGAUCAAGAGAUCGACACACUAAGCUUCAUACGGGCGACAAGAAAUAUAAAUGUGCGUUAUGUGAUUCGGCGUUUGCGAGAAGCGACCAUCUAAAAAUCCACAUGAAGACGCACGACAACAAAAAGCCACACCAGUGUGAUUUAUGCAAUAGAGGUUACAACACGGCGGCGGCGUUGGCUUCUCAUCAACAACAUCACACGAAAAAAGAACUUAGAUGCGGAAGUAGUUCGAGUAGGACGACGACUACUCCAAGCACUCCCAGUCCAGGUCAAACGAAGUGCUCACAAAUCCAGGUGAGUACAAAACGAUCUUCCACGGAUUUUGAUCGAUGUGGAAGAUCUUUUCAGAACAAGCGUAAACUUCCAACGCCAAACAACGAUACUACCGUGCCGAAACAAGAAGUGGAUCUUAAAAUAGCUUGUAUGUACUGCGGUAAAGAUUUCGCAACAAUGAACUUGAUGUAUCAACACAUCAACAUCGACCACUCCUCUUUAUUUUUUCAACACAGCUCGCUCAGUUACGUCUGUGAUUUAUGUUCCAUGAAAUUUGAUACCUCCCAAACGCUAAGGGAACACUUAGAAGGUGUCCAUUGGAAAUUAAACGCCGUUGGAACGUCAUCCCAAGCGAAAGCGACCGAUUUAAGUAGAAAACGUAAAUGUGAUGAACCUGAAGAUAACCGAAAAACUGAGGAGAUUAAAAAUUCGCCCUCAACUGUUAGUAGCCCGUAUGACACCAACGAUAAGCCAUGUAUUUGUUCGUAUUGUUACGCACAAAUGCCUAAUUUUAAAAGUUUUUUGGUCCAUAUGGAAACUCACGUGUCACUGAAUGCUUCGAGUCUCAUUGGAUAUUGCCCGGUUUGUGGAGAACCGGGUCGAGACCCAAUUGAGUUUAGUUCUCACAUUUUCGGACAUGUCGUUAGCGAUGCCACAGGAAGGUGUUGCCACCAAUGCAAAAAAUCUUUCGAUCAACUCGAUCAGUUACAAAAACAUCACUUUGAGGCGCACUCCCAAAGUGUGUAUAAAUGCACGUUGUGUGGGGAAUACUUUGAAAAUGAGAUUGCUAUUCAGGUUCACUUUAACAAUAAACAUUGCAACGAAUGUAAGCAUUAUAGAUGUAAUUUAUGUCCUCAGCAAUUUUUUCACGAUAGAUUAACAGCCGAUUUACACGUUUCUAUGAGACACGGUUCCCAACUCUCCGGAAGAAACCAAAUUUUAAAUAAAUUCGCCGCGCCGUUUGGCGAUGUUGAACCAAGAUUGUAUCAAUCGUAUCAAUGCUCAUUUUGCCACAAAAUGUUUCAAGACGAAUACUUACACCAUCUCCAUGUUUUAAAGGAACACAACGAAUCCAGAGAAGGGGAGUAUUUAGUAACAUCAACAUCGCCAAAUUUUUCAUAUAAAAGUAUAUCCCCUCAAGAUGGCCUCAAAAUGGUUCCUAAUAUUCCUUGCGAAGUUUGCAACCGAUCAGAUUUUACAACCGAAUCAGAACUUUUAGCCCACAAAAAGCUGCAUCAAACACACGUCAAAGCUAAAAUAGGGGCUGUUAGCCUUCAGUGCGCGUAUUGCAACGAACAUUGCAAGUCAAGAAGCGAUUUAGAAAAUCAUAUGAAAAGCCAUCAAGUAUCUUGCGGUAAAGGAAAACACAAAUGCAAUAUUUGCGAUGAGAUUUUUUCAUCCGCCAUCACUUUAGCCGAUCACAAAUUAACUCAUUGCAAAAUAAUCUCCGGAAACACGUGUACGCAGUGCAAAACGGUUCUAGAAGAUGAACAAUGUUUUUACACCCACCAAAUGCAGCACAAUAACUCUUCAUCGAUCGCAAAGGGUCACUCUCAAAUCCCUUUGCCUGCAAAUUGUGUUAUUUGCUGCCAAACGCUUCAAACAGACGUUGAGGUUAGGUUACACGCGAAGUUCCAUUUAAGACAUAUUUACCAGAAGGAAUUUCUUUGCGUAAUGUGCAAUAAAAUCUACGAGAAUCAACUCCAAGAAAAAAAUAAUGGCGUUUCUAUUUCGAUUUGUAAAGAUUGUAAGAUGACUUCGAACGGAACGAGUUAUCAAAUACAAAAGGAUUAUAAGAAUUUUGUCGAAUACGAAAAAGAACAAGACGUCAAAUUGCGCCAUAUGGAAGAUUCAAAUUUAGUUUGCAAGAUUUGUAGAAAUGUAUUUUCAACCCAACAAAAACUUCAGGUGCACUUAAUUGAGCACAAUUUUAUGGGUAUGGGUCAAUACCGUUGUUACAUUUGUUCUUCAGUUUUCACGACGGCGGCCGGCCUUCAAGGUCACAUCGUAGGUCACGGAUUGGCACAAAGUCCGUACGAAUGUACCGAGUGCAACAUGAAAUUCUUUUUCGAAACGGAACUCGAAAAUCAUAGAAUUAAUCAUGCGCAAAAAUUGGGCGACUCAAAAAGCGAACAGUACAAAGUUUGCGAGAACUGCUCCGGUGUAUAUUUGGAUAGCUUCUUUAGGGAACACGCGGAAGUGUGUUGCAAGGUUGAGAUUAAAACGGAAGAAGUCGAUGAUAAACCCUAUGAUAAAACGGCGGACGAUUGCGGUGAUGCUGUUUAGAUAGAUCGUUCCGAAAUUUGUGAUACAUUGUUAGGAACCUUAUAUUUGCACAUCGAACGGGUCCAUUUUGAAACUAAUUAUAUAUUUUAUGGCGUUCGGUUUUCCGAUUCGUUUUUUUAUUAUUAUUAUUAGUGGUUGAGUGCUCGCUAAGUUUUCCUCUUCCAUUUUCUAAAAUAACUAUUUUAUUUAUCAUUUUUAUUAUUAUUUUUUGCAAUUAAUAGAAUGUCAUUGUGCAGUUUAUAUCGAAAUUCUAUCGAAUAUAAAAAGCAACUGUGUACUUCCCUGGGGAGUAAUAAUAAUGUCUCCAGGGACUAUAUUGCGGUAUAAAUGGAAUUGGAAAUUUAAUAAAAUAAAUAAUUGUUAUUUUAAAAUGAAAAUUGGCGAGGGAUAACGAAAAUUAAAAAGAGCUUGGUUUAAAAUUAAUUUGAUAAAUUCAAAAAAUUAUUAAAAAUGGCGAACACUUUUCCAUAAAUACUUUAGUACCUGUUCCAGUUGCGUUGCUUGUCUCGUUUAGAAAUUGCACUUUUAAAUUUAGGCCACACAUUAUAUAUCUUAGUGACCUUGAUAACGUAAACGUCUUCCAGUUAUUCAUUUUUAUUGUUUUCCCCGUCUACUUACCGUCCAUGAUUGCCCUUUUUCUUUGUUAUACAUUAUUACUUUUUGAAAAAAAAAACUCACAACGAAAAAUA